GUCGUAACGUGUUGACACCUGAAAUAAUAAAACAGAUUUGUGAAUAAUAAAUCAAAAUGCCAUUGCCCAGAGGAAAUUGCCAGCUUAACUAUGCGCGGGAGCGCAUGUGGGAACCGGGCUACCUAAAGGCUAAGUGUGCAGAGUUGGGUUUGGAGAACGAGUUCCGAUUGUAUCGCAUUCGCCUUUGGAAGAGUUACCUAUUCUCUUUCUUUUUGCUGCACUCUUUCGUGACCCUUUUGCACUGUACCCUGCUGUUAGCAACCAUUGAGCGCCAGUCGAUUAUCUAUUUUGAUGUGGCCUUAACCAUAGGAUGCUCCAUUGUCCUUUUACUCGCGUUGAGCAUUAACUUCUGCGAUAGCUUUAUUGCGAAACACACGUGGUAUAUGUAUAGCAGUUCGGUAUUUGCCUCCCUAACGUUGGUAUUUUCUGACCUAACUGAAUCUAUUUACCACUACUACGUCCACAAUUGGCAGCUGGGGACGUUCUACGACACUUAUAUAGUAUACAUGAUAUACAUGUUCCUGCCAAUCCACUUCAUGAGCGGUGCAGUCCUUCUGGCACUCCUAGUAUCAGCCGUGUACAUUGUCUACUACGUGCAAUACCUUUCCAACGGGUUCUCCCAAUUCGUGUCCGAACUGUUUUCCACCGGCGGAAUGUCCGUGGACUUGGUGCACUAUCUGUGCCUCAAUCUGGUGGGCAUAUUCUACCGCGUGAUAAACGACACGGUAGUGCGCUCCUCCUUCCUGGACCGGCACCAGUACAUCAAGGAGGAGCUCUGGCUGCGCAACGCCCGAAUCCAGGAGAAGCAGUUGCUGGACUCCAUUCUGCCGCCGCAGAUCUCGGAGCCCUUGCAAAAGGACAUUCAGAACCGGAUUAUCCUGACCAAGCGCGGCGGCGGCAUUCGACUCUACAGUGCCUUCGAGCGCGCCAUGGCCAUCCAGAUCCAUCCAGAUGUCUCCAUCUUGUACGCAGAUGUGGUGAACUACACCCACUUGACCACUACAUUGACGGUGGAGAAGUUGGUGAAGGUCCUUCACGACCUCUACGGAAGAUUCGAUUUGGCUGCUUUUCGCUUCAAGGUGCAGCGCAUCAAGUUCCUGGGCGACUGUUACUACUGCGUGGCGGGUUUGUCAGACCCCGAUCCCGAUCAUGCGAAUAAUUGUGUGGCCCUAGGCCUUUCUAUGAUCGACGAAAUCAUGGAAGUACGCGACACACAAGGCUUGGACAUUAAUAUGCGCAUUGGAGUUCAUUCGGGGAAUCUGUUUGCUGGAGUCAUUGGCGAAGCCAAGCUUCAGUUUGAUAUAUGGGGCCUGGACGUCACCAUUGCCAAUGUUCUAGAAUCCACCGGAGUGGCGGGAUUCGUGCACAUCAGCGGAUCAACUUUGAAUAAUCUGAGCGAACAGCGCUAUGUAAUUGAAGAUGGUCCUGAAAAGGCAAGAAAUCAUCCUCUUCUGAGUAAACAUCGAAUAAUUACAUACAUAAUUCGAGAAGACUUGCAAAAGGACGCAGAAGAAAGUGACGAGAACUUUGGUGAACUCCAUGCUCUUUCCCUCUCUGAUUUAGGAGCAAGACCAAGACUGAGUGACAAUACUAAUGAAAGCUUGAAAGAGCUGUUUUUGCAAGAGUUGCGAGAAGAGUUCCGGAAAAUGCCGGUUAGUGCGUUUAAUCCCAAAACCCUAUACGGCAUAUAUCGUCGAACAGAAGGAGUGAACAUACCAUUGUAUCAUCAGUUAAACAUUUGCCUGAAAUACCACGAUUCCGAAUUGGAGAGAGCAUACCUGAAGCAAACCGACUACAUGUUCAAAUACAGCAUGCUCCUGGCAUUGAGCGUUGGAUACUGCCUGGUGUACAUUGAAAUAAUGGACACUAAGAUUAUAUGCCCCACUUGCAUGAUAUUGCCCGCCAUCGUGAUUAUAGUGCAGACCGUUUUGACCUUCAUUGCUUGGUACAAGAAAUUAUGUUGGAAAAGAUUUGGGAACGAGCCCCAUAUCUACAGCCGAAUUAGCUGCAUUAUAUUUCGUGUGCACGAGAAAAUCAUAGGCAGUAUGAUCAUUCGUAUAAUCAUAUACCUCUUCCUAGUGGUAUCGGGAUUUUCGGUCAUGUGUCUUAUUGUGAUGACGUGCAAUCGCGAAGAGUUCGAGAUGGCUUAUAUCGAGGAGAGGCUCUUUCACUAUGAGCAGGAAUCAAUGAUAUGCUUCCAUCCCUGGGUUGCGACCAACAUGGUCUCCCUGAUGAUUUGCUUGACAUUCACAUUCGCCCAUAUUUCCCUGGCACUGAAGACUACAAUGGCCGUUUUAGAGACGGUCGGCUAUCUGUUGAUGAUUUUCUUCCAGUAUGAGUUCGUCUUCCACCAUAGCGUUACGACUAAUCCAAGUUUUCGCGCCGAGUACGCACAUGCUCUGCUAAUAUGCAUUACCCUGCUAACUAUGGUUGUGAAGGAGCGCCAACUUGAGUUCACCAACAAAGUAAACUUCCACUGGCGCGUUGAGUUAAGGAAGAAGGAGGCUGACGCCAACUUAACCAAUCACUCGAUUACAAUUAUCCUUAACAACAUUCUUCCCGCUCAUAUCGUCGACGUUUACAUAAAUUCGUUAGCCAAGCACGAACUCUACUAUGAAAAUUAUCAAAUGGUUUCGGUUAUGUUUGCCAUGUUAAUAAAUUUUGAAAUGGAUUUAAGAACCCUGCGUGUUCUGAAUGAAAUUAUUGCCGAAUUCGAUAUGUUGUUGCUGUUCUACAAGGAAUAUUAUUCGGUUGAGAAAAUCAAAAUCGUCGGAUGCACAUAUAUGGCAGCGUGUGGACUGAACGUGAACUUUGCGGGUUCCACUAGUACAACGGCGAAAAAUAACUCAACUGAAAGAGGUAGUCAAAGGCUGCAGUUCACGCAGGACGAAAAGGAGCGAGAAGAAGUGGUCUUUGUGAUGGUCUCCUAUGCCCUGGACAUGAUGCGCACGCUGGCAAAAUGCAACAAGGUCUACCAAAGUAUUCCAGGGGAUCGGAGUGCUACGGACGGAUCGAUGGCAAUCGGCAUUUCCAGCGGCGAAGUUAUGGCCGGCAUAGUGGGCGCUUCGCAGCCGCACUACGACAUCUGGGGCAAUCCGGUCAACAUGGCCUCGAGGAUGGAGACGACGGGAUUACCGGGCAACAUCCAGGUUACAGAGGAGUCUGCCAAAAUCCUUCAGGAAUUCGGCAUCGCCUGCCAAUAUCGUGGCCUUACCUUUGUAAAAGGGCGUGGCGAAAUCCCAACUUUUUUGGUGGGAAUCGACGACAAUCUAAACUUUAUCACUACGACGCCAACACGAUCUCCCAGUCAUGUGGAGCGCAGUACGGUUAUUUCGUUGCAUACCACCUAUUCUCACCCAGAGGGUUUGGAUGAUAUUAGUGAACUUGGUAGUGCUUCAGUUUCCAGACAUGCUUUACAAGAUAAUUAAUAGAGCU